CAAGACGACGCUCUCAGAAUACAAAUUCCAAACGUAGUGAAAGAUAAUUGGAUGAAAGGGAGGGAGCCGAGGGACAACGUGUUAAACUAACGGUUCAAAGAGUCUUGACUUUUGAAGAAAAAGAAAACACACGAAACCCGUUAUCGGUUGGGCUACGUUCCAGCUGGGCAACAUACGUAAAGGCGUUCCGAAGCAUUCCGUUGGUAGCUGUGUCGAUUGCAUAAUUACGGGACGAUAAAUAAGACGCAGGUUUUCUCGUUUUGUAGGUUCCCCUCAAGAUCGGUCACGCUCCUGCCACCUACCAGUUUCCUUCGUGAACGUAAAUAUCCAACGAGCAUGUAAGGUCGAGGUUGUUCAAACCGGCUUCGUGAAUGGUUACAGGAAGAAUAACGCCUCCUUGAAGCACGCUUCGCGCUAUAAUUCUGCAUUCUGCAUCGCGUGCCGUGUCAUACCUUCGGGCUUAUGCGUUAAAACGACGUCCGAUUCGAUAUAGGCACGCUUUCUCCGCUCAACGAUCGCAUAAAUGACCCAUGGUAGUAUCAACACCUGAACCUGUUAUUGACUAAAAUCGUCAAGCAAAAUAUUUUGAUCCUUUUUUUUAUCCUUCGAAAAAAUUGAUGGAUUUAAAAGGAUAUAAUUUACAGGGGCGUGACUCGAUUAAUUAUUAAAAAUACGAUGAAUUUAUUAAACGAUUAAGUUCAACGCUUAAUCGUAGGAUUAUUUUGUUGGUACUUGAUAAUCGUAAUGGUAAGAUCAACAUCUAGUGUAGAAAAAUUCAUUUUCUUCAAACUGGUAUAAUAACUAAUUCUUAUAUCGAAUCAGUUAUUCAUAUAGCAUUUCACUCUUAUCGAUUACUCAUCUUAUUUAAUCAGGAUAGUCAUAACGAGUCAAUUGAUCGAUCAAGUCAGGAUGGAAUUUUAAUAAAUCACUUUCCUUAAUCAAUCCGUUCGAUCAGCUUUCUUCUUAAACAUGUCCGACACGUCUUUGGGACCAGUCUUCCUUAUCGAUAAACCUGGCCAAUGGCCCGGACAGUCCACCCAUCGGGCACGAGGUUCGAGAUUCUGCUCUCGAUCAAACGGACAUUGGCUUGGAACCGUUGGAAGAUAGAAAUUCAUGAAAUCGAGUCGUGGUGCCGAGCGUGAGCUCGAAAAGUACCGUUGUCUAAGGAAUUGCAUAAUGGAGCUUGCGUUUCUUGUUUUUCGUUGGGAGUGCAGACAUCGAGCUAGCUGAUAUUUAUUGGCAAGAGGUUCGUACCGACGUCAUUGACCAAUAACCGAGUCUCGUCUCUUCGGUUUUCUCGUCUCGUUGACUAGCCAGAGUUUCUCGAAGUCCGUGAAGAGUACCGUAAGAACGUCAAUACGUUGGUAAGGGUAAAGAGGGGGCAUCGACGCCCGGUCAACGCUCCUGCAUUCUACCUCCUUAAUGUAUAUAAAGAAGAAGCAUCGUACGGAUUUCAAGGCAGAUACCAAGAACAACAUGUACGGCAAGGUGGUUUUGACUCUCGCGACAAUUCUGGCAUUGACCAGUGCCCAGAUACCAAGUCUGGGUUGGUGUCCGGAGUACGUACCAAUGGCGAACUUCGACAUGAACAGAUUUUUGGGAGUUUGGUACGAAGCGGAAAGGUAUUUCCAAUUAGCUGAGGUGGUUUCGCGUUGCGUCAUGUCGAAUUAUACGCAAAGUCCUGAUGGCAAGUUACGUGUAAGCAACGAAGUUACGAACAGAAUUACAGGAAUCAAGAGAAUAUUGGAAGGUGAAAUCAAAAAGGCAGCUUCGAAAGCGGAGGAAGGAAAAUUACACGUGAAAUAUACGGCAGUACCUCUAACUCCAGAGACACAUUAUUCAGUGUUAGAAACUGAUUAUGAUAACUAUGCCGUGUUGUGGAGCUGUUCCGGUAUUGGUCCGAUUCACGCCCAAAAUGCUUGGGUCAUGACCAGAGAGAGAAUCGCACCUGGAUCGAUACUUCAAAAGGCUUAUGGCGUUUUGGACAAAUACAAAAUUUCCAAAGCGUUCUUCGUAAAAACGAAUCAAGAGGAUUGCGCUUAUCUCGCACCUUCUACGGCUACCGAGGAUAAUACUGCAGAGGCUGCUCUGGCACAGGAAACACAGGAGACAACGGAAGAGCACGUGCGAAACGUGUCUGGUCAAUUAUCGGACUUAGAAAAACCAGUCGAACACGUCGAAGAAUCGAUCGAGAAGGAGAAGAUACCACAAAAGGUAGAAACCGUGCCAGAAAGAAUUCUCAAGGUCGCGGCAGAUUUAAUCAGUGAAGAUAAACUAUCCGAAAAAUCAACGAAAGAAGAAAAUUUGGAAAAGAAACCAAAUUUAAAAAAAAUCGACGAGAAAUCAAAGAAGAAAGAGGAGACUCCGGAAAUCACGAAAGAAUCAAAGAAAACGAGUUCGUAAAGAAUUCUAUCGAUCUUAUUAAUCUCGUAUACGCGAAGAAAGCAAACGACAGAGUUAUGAAUUAUGCUUUACGAUAUGCGAUCGAUUUGUAACAUUUUGAUCAGGCUCGUAACGAUUGUUCUAUGGAGAAAAGAGAAAAGAAAAAAAAAAGAAGAAAAAGAAAAAAAGAAAAAGAUAUCUGUCUGGCCUCGAUCGUCAAAAUCGUUCGUUAUUUAUUAUAUAAGAAUCGAAAGUUAGGAGAUUAAAACUUAAGGGCCGUUUACAAAUGUAAAGAAAAAAAAAAGAAAGAGAAAAAAGAUCCAAGUCGAAUAAAUUGUUACAUAAAAUACGUUUUCUCGAAAA